GAGUUAAUUACGUUGCGUUUCCAUGAAAUCGUGUGGAGUGUCGCUCGCCGCCGCCGCCUCUGCUGCUUCUUUCGGUGAUGAGGAAAAGAAAAUGGCGGCGGGGAAAGCGAGCGGCCAGAGCGAGGAGGACUUCGCCAGCCUGACAGCGGAGGAAAGAGAAGUCCUCUCUGGCCUCGACAGCCGACUCUUCGGAUUUCUGAGGCUUCAUGAAGAUGGCGCCAGAACGAAGGCCUUGCUGUUAAAGGCUGUUGGCUGCUAUGAAUCGCUAAUAUUGAAAGCAGAAGGAAAAGUUGAAUCUGAUUUCUUUUGCCAGUUAGGUCACUUCAACCUCUUAUUGGAGGAUUAUCCAAAAGCAUUAUCCGCAUACCAGAGGUACUACAGUUUACAAUCUGACUACUGGAAGAAUGCUGCCUUUUUAUAUGGCCUUGGCUUGGUCUACUUCCAUUAUAAUGCAUUUCAGUGGGCAAUUAAAGCAUUUCGGGAGGUGCUUUAUGUUGAUCCCAGCUUUUGCCGCGCCAAGGAAAUUCAUUUACGACUUGGGCUUAUGUUCAAAGUGAACACAGAUUUUGAGUCUAGUUUUAAGCAUUUUCAGUUAGCUUUGGUUGACUGCAAUCCUUGCACUUUGUCCAAUGCUGAAAUUCGGUUUCACAUUGCUCAUUUAUAUGAAACCCAGAGGAAAUAUCACCUGGCAAAGAAGGAAUAUGAACAACUUUUGCAGACUGAAAAUCUUCCUGCACAAGUGAAAGCAACUGUAUUACAACAGUUAGGCUGGAUGCAUCACACAGUGGAUCAGUUAGGAGAUAAAGCCACCAAGGAAAACUAUGCUAUUCAGUGUCUCCAGAAGUCUCUAGAGGCAGAUCCCAACUCUGGCCAGUCUUGGUAUUUCCUUGGAAGGUGUUUUUCAAGUAUUGGCAAAGUUCAGGAUGCCUUUAUAUCUUAUAGGCAGUCUAUUGAUAAAUCAGAAGCAAGUGCAGACACAUGGUGUUCUAUAGGUGUGCUGUAUCAGCAGCAGAAUCAACCUAUGGAUGCAUUACAGGCCUAUAUCUGUGCUGUACAAUUGGACCAUGGCCAUGCUGCAGCCUGGAUGGAUCUUGGCACCCUCUAUGAGUCCUGCAAUCAGUCUCAGGAUGCCAUUAAAUGCUACUUAAAUGCAACCAGAAGCAAAAAUUGUAGUAAUACCUCUGCACUUGCAGCACGGAUAAAGUAUUUACAGGCUCAGUUGUGUAACCUACCACAAGGUAGUCUACAGAAUAAAACUAAAUUACUUCCUAGUAUUGAGGAGGCAUGGAGCCUACCAAUCCCCGCAGAGCUUACCUCCAGGCAGGGUGCCAUGAACACAGCACAGCAGGCUUGUAAACCUCAUCAAAAUACUGAACCUGUACUAGGCCUCAGUCAAACACCUAUUUCACAGCAGUUGCCACUACACAUGAUACCUUCUAGCCAUGUAGAUGACCUGUCCAGUCCAGUCAAGAGGAAAAGACCAUCUAGUCCAACAAAGAACACUUUAGAUGCUUGGAGCAGUGGCCACACAGUGUCACAUCCUCCAGUACAGCAACAAGUACAUUCUUGGUGCUUGACACCUCAGAAAUUACAGCACUUGGAACAGCUGCGUGCAAAUAGAAAUAAUUUAAAUCCAGCACAGAAACUUAUGCUGGAACAGCUGGAGAGUCAGUUUGUCUUGAUGCAGCAACACCAGCAGAUGAGGCAGACGGGAGUUGCACAGGUACGAUCUACUGGAAUUGCUAAUGGGCCAACAGCUGACUCAUCACUGCCUACAAACUCUGUCUCUGGUCAGCAGCCUCAGGUUGCUCUAACCAGAGUGCCUAACAUCACACAGCAUGGAAUCCGUCCAACCUGCCCUGGGCAGCCUAUGGCAAAUGGACCCUUUCCAGCAGGCUCAGUUCCCUGCAGCACAGCAAGAACGCUGGGUAGUACAGACACUAUUUUGAUAGGCAAUAAUCACAUAACAGGAAGUGGAAGUAAUGGAAAUGUGCCUUACCUGCAGCGAAACGCACUCUCUCUACCUCAUAACCGCACAAACCUGACCAGCAGCGCAGAGGAGCCGUGGAAAAAACAACUAUCUAACUCCACUCAGGGGCUUCACAAAGGUCAGAGUUCACAUUUGGCAGGUCCUAAUAGUGAACGACCUCUCUCUUCCACUGGGCCUUCCCAGCAUCUCCAGGCGGCUGGCACUGGUAUUCAAAAUCAGAAUGGACAUCCUACCAUGCCUAGCAAUUCAGUAACACAGGGGGCUGCUCUCAAUCACCUCCCCUCUCACACUGCUACCUCAGGUGGACAACAAGGCAUUACCUUAACCAAAGAGAGCAAGCCUUCAGGAAACACAUCAGCAGUGCCUGACAUAAACAGGCAUUCUGGAGAGACACCUAACAGCACUGCCAGUGUAGAAGGACUUCCUAAUCAUGUCCAUCAGGUGACGGCAGAUGCUGUUUCUAGCCCUAGCCAUGGAGAUUCUAAGUCACCAGGUUUACUUAGUUCAGACAAUCCUCAGCUCUCUGCCUUGUUGAUGGGAAAAGCCAAUAACAAUGUGGGUACUGGAACCUGUGACAAAGUCAAUAACAUUCAUCCAACUGUUCAUACAAAGACUGAGAAUUCUGUUGCCUCCUCCCCAUCCUCAGCCAUUUCCACAGCAACACCUUCUCCAAAAUCUACUGAACAGACUACCACAAACAGUGUUACCAGCCUUAACAGCCCUCACAGUGGACAUGCAGUUAAUGGAGAGGCAUUGGAGGACUCUCAGAGCCCCGUAAAAACCAAUCCUCCUCUUAGUGCUCACAAGCCUAAUCCCCAGAUCAUACCAUCAAUGUCAGUAUCCAUAUAUCCCAGUUCUGCAGAAGUUCUAAAAGCAUGCAGGAAUUUGGGUAAAAAUGGCCUAUCUAACAGUAGCAUUUUACUGGAUAAAUGCCCUCCUCCAAAACCACCACCACCUCCAUAUCCUCCCCUGCCAAAGGACAAAUUGAAUCCACCAACACCUAGUAUUUAUUUGGAAAAUAAGCGUGAUGCUUUCUUCCCACCCUUACAUCAAUUUUGUACAAAUCCGAACAAUCCUGUUACUGUAAUACGUGGCCUUGCUGGAGCUCUUAAGUUAGAUCUAGGACUCUUCUCUACCAAAACAUUGGUAGAAGCUAAUAAUGAACACUUAGUAGAAGUGAGGACACAGCUGUUGCAGCCAUCAGAUGAAAACUGGGACCCCACUGGAACAAAGAAAAUAUGGCGUUGUGAAAGCAGUAAAUCUCAAACUACAAUUGCUAAAUAUGCACAAUACCAGGCCUCCUCAUUCCAAGAAUCAUUAAGGGAGGAAAACGAGAAAAAAAGUCACCAUAAGGACCAUUCAGAUAGCGAAUCAACAUCUUCUGAUAAUUCUGGUAGGAGAAAAAAAGGACCUUUUAAAACUAUCAAAUUUGGGACCAACAUUGAUCUUUCAGAUGAUAAAAAGUGGAAGCUGCAACUCCAUGAACUUACAAAGCUUCCUGCUUUUGUGCGUGUAGUGUCAGCAGGAAAUCUUCUUAGUCAUGUUGGUCAUACAGUCUUGGGAAUGAAUACAGUCCAGUUGUAUAUGAAGGUACCAGGCAGCAGAACACCAGGUCAUCAAGAAAAUAACAACUUUUGCUCAGUCAAUAUAAACAUAGGUCCAGGUGACUGUGAAUGGUUUGUUGUUCCAGAAAAUUAUUGGGGUGUCAUGAAUGACUUCUGUGAAAAAAACAAUAUGAAUUUCCUUAUGGGUUCUUGGUGGCCGAAUCUGGAAGAUUUGUAUGAAGCCAAUGUUCCAGUUUAUAGGUUUAUUCAGAGACCUGGAGAUUUGGUGUGGAUAAAUGCUGGGACCGUUCAUUGGGUUCAGGCUAUUGGCUGGUGUAACAAUAUUGCAUGGAAUGUUGGCCCUCUUACAGCCUGCCAAUAUAAACUGGCUGUGGAACGGUACGAGUGGAAUAAAUUGCAAAGUGUGAAGUCAAUAGUACCUAUGGUUCAUCUUUCCUGGAACAUUGCACGAAAUAUCAAAGUCUCAGAUCCAAAGCUUUUUGAAAUGAUCAAGUAUUGUCUGCUGAGAACUCUUAAGCAAUGUCAAACUUUGAGGGAAGCUCUAAUUGCUGCAGGAAAAGAGAUUGUAUGGCAUGGGAGAACAAAGGAAGAGCCAGCUCAUUACUGUAGCAUAUGUGAGGUGGAGGUCUUCAAUUUGCUUUAUGUCACAAAUGAGAGUAAUUCUCGGAAAACUUACAUUGUACAUUGCCUAGACUGUGCACGAAAGAUAAGUGGGAACCUGGAAAACUUUGUGGUGCUAGAACAGUACAAAAUGGAGGAACUGAUGCAAAUCUAUGACCAAUUUACAUUAGCACCUCCCUUGCCAUCAUCUUCAUCUUGACAUUUUUCCAAGGACAUUUACAUAAAAACUUUUCUGAUAUUCAGGAAGUGACCCAGUUCUGCACCACUGAUUUUUGUAGCGAUCCCAUAGGCUGCUGGCUGAAAGCUGUGUCUAUGCAACCUUCCAAGUGCGGAGUGUCAACCAACUGGACAGGAGAGAGCACAGCUCCUACUCCAGAAUUUAAAAUACAGAAAGCUCAUUCAGCUGAAUUUUAAAAAUAUAUUCCACGUUUUGUAUAUAUCUGACAAAACUGGCAACAAUAUACAGACUACUGACUUGAAGACCACCUCUUUUGUAUUUCUCUGUUUCUGGGCUGAUGAAUUGGUUUCAUCUAUUUCCCCCACCCCCUCAGAGGUUUUUCUUGGAAAAGUACUAGCGUAGCUGGUCAUUUCUUUGUAAGGUAGUUAGAAUUUUAAGUCUUUCUUUGGGCUACACUUUUUUUUUUAAUGUGAAAGGUUAGGUGAUACUUUUUUUACUGCUUUUAUGUUAUUCUGUCUUGUUUUGAAACCAUGAUGGUUACUUUUUGUUUCCUAAAUAAAAUUUUAAAAAAUUAACAGCCAAGUCACAAAGAUAAAUGGGUUGCACAUAGACUAAAGAAUAAACUUCAGAUUUGUGAUUUUGUUUCUAAUCUUGAUGUAAAUUUACACUAUUUAUAAAUACAUAUUUAUUGCUUGAAAAUAUUUGUGAAUGGAAUGCUGUUAUUUUUUCCAGAUUACCUGCCAUUGAAAUUUUAAGGAGUUCUGUAAUUUCAAACACUACUCCUAUUACAUUUUCUAUAUGUAAAUAAAACUGCUUAGCAUUGUACAGAAACUUUUAUUAAAAUUGUUUAAUGUUUAAAGUUUUUGUAUUGUUUGAGUUUUAAAAAGAAUUUAUGUACAUUGCCCCGUUUUUGUUGACUUUUUUGAAUCUGGUUAUAUAUAUUUUAUAUAUACUCUUGUGCGUGUGUAUAUAUAUAAUAUAUAUAGAAAACUGAAUAUAAAUAUAUGUAUAAAGAGUUAGAGCCUAAAUUUUUCUCGUUUUUAAGUUUUACAUCUAUGGUAGAUUUGAGGUGUCUACUGUAAAGUAUUGCUUACAAAAGUAUGAUUAUUUUUUAAAAAAUAUAUAUGGUAUGUAUCCUCAAGAUAUGAUAUGUCCUUCAGACUGGUUUAUUGUUAAAUUGCACUUCUUGCAAUUACAGACAAAUAGCUGAUGCCAAAUUGUAAUAGUAAGAAAUAACUUAGCUAACAGCUUGAAAAAAACCACAACGAUAUCAUUUCAAUAGGUUUAAAUUUAGGCACCUUGAAAUUUAGUAAGGAAUGAUAAAGGAAAUAGAGUUUUGAUGAAAAUGGUAUCUUAGAACACAACCAAAACAAGAUUUGUACAUUCCAGCUUUUAGCAAGCGUAUGGCUUUUCUUGGCAUGCGUAUGGCUGCAUUGUCUUAAGUACAAAUCAUGCUAUAUUUCUGCUUAUUUUGUAAUUCAAAUCACUGAUAAAUUUUUAAACCAUUAGA